CAGGACAUACAUUUCAUGAUAUGUUACAGUCAUUUCGGCCGCAAUACAUGGAUGAAUAUGAAAAAUAUGAAGCAAAGCUCAAGCAAUUAUAUGCCAUUUAUGUGCUCAAAUUUCGAAAUGUCGCAUACUUGCAGCAAUUGCAGGAAGAAUUCGAUCGAUCCGAGAAGCAACGUAGCGCAGAAGCCGAGCAAAAUAUGCGUAAUAUGGUGGAGCGGAUGCGUGCCCAGGAACUGCUGCUUCGAGAUGCACAGUAUGCAUUUCUUCAUACAUUUCCGGAUAAAGGGUAUUUCUUUAGGAUGUGUGAAGGAGUGACCACCAGUGAAUUUUUCUGAAC